AUGGUGUGGAUUCAUGGAGGUGCGUUUAUGUUGGGCUCUGGAUACACGGAUUUUUACGGACCUGAACACCUGCUUGAACACGAUGUUGUGCUGGUGACACUCAGUUACCGUGUGGGUGCACUAGGUUUCUUAUCAACUGGAGAUGAGGUGAUCCCAGGGAAUGCUGGUCUCAAAGAUCAAGUGAUGGCCUUAAAAUGGGUCAAGAGUAACAUCGCCAACUUUGGUGGAGACCCACAGAACGUCACAAUAUUUGGCGAGAGCGCUGGCGCCGUGUCCUGCCAUUUGUUACAAAUCUCUCCUGCAGCUAAGGGUUUGUUCCACAAGGUUAUCUGUCAAAGUGGCGUGGCGUCUUUGGAGCUGGUGUCGGCUCCUGUUAAGGACAGAACGCUUCGCCUGGCACAGUCCCUCGGCUUCACGGGAGACAGUUCAGAGGAACUACUGGCCUUCAUGAGAAACCAACCAGUGCAGACGCUCGUCGAGAGUGUACUAAACUGUCUGACCAAAGAGGAAAACCAGAGAAUGGAGACGCUGGUACCUUUGGCGCCAACCAUAGAACCGGACAGCGUGAAGGACGCAAUCAUCACACGGAGUCCUAUGGAAAUCUUGAAGAGUGGCAAGUUCAACAAAGUGCUCACUAUCUUGGGUGUCUGUUCUCGCGAAGGAAUAUUGUUCAUCCGAGAACUGACGAAGAACAAGGGAACUAUGCGGGAGCUCAAUACAAAUUUCCAGAGGCUGUUGCCAGCCGACAUUCCCGAUAAGAGGGAGGAACACAUCACCGUUGCUCUAGACAUCAAGAGGUUCUACUUUAAAAAUCAACCUCUGGAAGAUUCAACAGUCGAAAUGUAUGGUGACCUGCGCGGCGACCUCUUCUUCGUGCAUCCCUCCCUUGUGGCGGCUCGAGUGCAAUAUGCAGUCGCCGGAGCCCAGCCGGUGAAUCCCACACCAGUUCCUGAAGAUCCCAUUUUGUCUGUGACAUGGACUCCAUUCAAGAAAGAGAAUCGGUGCUACUUGAACAUCACAAAGGAUGGACUGAGCGUCGAGAGGGACCUCUACAAGGAAAGGAUGGAUUUCUGGGACAAGCUCUACAGACAGUAA